AUGGAUCCGCCGGCGGGAGCGCAGGGCCAGCAGCACCAGCACGAACCCAUCAGCUUCGGCAUCGACCAGAUCCUCAGCGGCCCCGAGCAGGACGGCGCUGCCCCUCCGCCUCCCCCGCGGGGCCCCGACGGCGCCACCUUCCUGGGCGGCCCCGGCGGCCGCGCUCCCUACCCGGCCCUGCCGGCCCCUUUCCCGGCCAUCGCCGCCCCCUUCGAGGAUUCGGGAUCUUACAGUGUGAACCUCAGCCUGGCCCCCGCCGGCGUGAUCCGGGUGCCGGCGCACCGGCCCGUCCCCGGGGCCGUGCCGCCGCCCAUCCCCGCCGUGCCCGCCGUGCCCGGCCUGGGCAGCCUCAGCUUCCCCUGGAUGGAGAGCAGCAGGCGCUUCGUCAAGGACAGGUUCACAGCGGCGGCGGCGCUGACGCCCUUUACGGUGACCCGUCGGAUCGGGCAUCCCUACCAGAACCGGACCCCGCCGAAGCGCAAGAAGCCGCGCACCUCCUUCUCCCGGGUGCAGAUCUGCGAGCUGGAGAAGCGCUUCCACCGGCAGAAGUACCUGGCGUCGGCCGAACGCGCUGCCCUCGCCAAGUCCCUCAAGAUGACGGAUGCCCAGGUGAAAACCUGGUUCCAGAACCGGCGCACCAAGUGGCGGCGACAGACGGCGGAGGAGCGGGAGGCCGAGCGGCAGCAGGCGAGCCGGCUGAUGCUGCAGCUGCAGCACGACGCCUUCCAGAAGUCGCUGAACGAGUCGAUCCAGCCCGACCCGCUGUGCCUGCACAACUCAUCGCUGUUCGCGCUGCAGAACCUGCAGCCCUGGGAGGAGGAGAGCGCCAAGAUCCCGCCCGUCACCUCCCUCGUCUGAGCCCGGCAGCCCCUCGCAGCGGACUCGCCCGGGGCGCCCCUCGACGGGGCGGGCGCGGGGCCGGUUCUCGCUCGCCCGGGGCCGGUUCUCGCUCGCCCGAAGCCGGCUUUCGCUCGCCCAGUGCCGGUUCUCGCUCGCCCAGUGCCGGCUCUCGCUCGCCCGAAGCCGGCUCUCGCUCGCCCGGGGCCGGUUCCCGGUCGCCCGAGGCCGCGGUGCUUCCCGGAGGCCGGCGGGAGAGAGAGAGGAGUCGUCGCGGGGCCCCGCCUGUAUAUUCGUGUCGAUGUUCCACUAGGAGAAGGGAAAUAUGUCACUUUUUUGUAAGAAGUGUUAAUAAUUUAAUUUAUUUAUGCAUCGAGAUUUUGGGCACUAUUAAUAUGGAAUUAUAUAAAGCCUCGAUUAUUUAUAUCGAAAUCUGAACAUAGGUAUUUUGUGUUGGCUUUGGAACAAAAGGCUAUUAUUUUAUUUUUUUUUUUCCUGUUCUGGA